AUGACUAAGCGGGUGCUUCAACUGUUUGUAAUAAUACUGACUGCUUGUAACAGCAGAGGCUUAAAUCUUACUACACAAAACCAGCUCUACGAAGACUUACAACAAAAUUACAAUACAGACAUAAGGCCGGCGGAUCUAAAUGUCAUACAGACAGUGAACUUUUCGCUUUCUUUGGUAAGCAUCAACAGGUUUGACGAGUUGAAUGGGGAAUUGGAUAUGACAUCGAUGAUAACAAUGCGUUGGAAAGACUCCCGUCUUGCCUGGAACAGCUCUGACUACGGUGGACUAACUUCCAUCAUGUUCCCACCAGACAAAAUAUGGAAGCCACAGGUGUAUAUUCUAAACGCUUACGACUUGUUUGAAGUGGAAAACAAACAGUUUGCACGUGUAGAAGAGGAUGGUGUUGUGACAUGGGAACCGGCGCAACUUUUGUAUCUUCUCUGUUCGGUGUAUGUUCUUUACUUUCCAUUUGACGUUCAAAAGUGCAAGGUUGACUUUUCAGCAUGGGCGUUCUCUAAGUAUGAAAUGGUUUUGAGCGCAGGAGAUGGAGAAAUAGCCUUUGAUUACUACCACCGUAACAGGUUGUGGCAGAUUUCGAAGCACGAGAUUCUGUACCCGCCCAGAGGCAACCAUUCUGUGCUACGCUAUGACGUCUAUAUAAAAAGGCGAGACACGUUUAUGAUUGUCUAUGUAAUCAUCCCCGUUGUUCUCGUGGGUUCACUGAAUUGUUUUGUUUUCUUGAUACCAGCGUCAGCAGGGGAGCGAACUUCAGUGGCGGUGACAGCUUUCCUCGCGUUUGUUGUUUUCAUGACAAUGAUCAAUGGUUCAGUUCCGGCGAGUUCCGAUCCUGUAGCGUACCUCUUCUAUUACAUGCUUUUCCUACUGUCCUACAGCGGCGUCAUAAUGAUCAUGAGCAUCUUGUCACUCCAAAUCUACGAGAAAGAAGGCAAGGUCUCGUCCGUACUAAAACAGAUUGUUACAUUCUUAUCCUGUGGCUGUCUUUGUAAGAAGAGGAAUCGUGAAAUUGCACCGUUAGUAACCGUAAAACCGGGUGCUGAUACAACCGUACUAGAGGCACAGCCUGGUGAUGGAGACGGAAAUGAAGAUCCGGAAGAAGAAAUCACGUGGAAAGAUGUCGGACUGGCAUUUGAUAGAAUCUGUUUUGUGAUUUUACUCGUCACCUAUGUUACUUAUUCACUUGUUGUUUAUACCCAAGUUACCGGUAAGGUAGAAGCAGAUGGUCACGUGUAG